GCAGCGAUGGUGAUCGCGACUCUGGCAAGCGCCGUUUAGUCCCGCCGUUUAUAGUGACUUGCAGCACCGAUGGAAGUACUUUUGCGCCGCCCAUCGUCACUCACGGCGGAACAGCGACAGGCAUGGAGGCGAGGGCGCUCGUCCUACGGAACGCGCCGCGGCGUCGGCUGGCGCGCGAUGAGCCUCGCCGCACUGCUGGCCCUGCCUCGAGAGGCGCGCUGGGAGCAGGCAGACCGCCAGGGCUGCGACGACCUGUCGUUAUCGAUCGCGCGCGCCCUGCUUGAGCGGCAGACCAGCUCUCGUCGGACGGCGGCGGCCACCGCAGGAAGCUGAAGGCUUGGCUAGGGUAGGACGCCGUGCAGGCGCUCGCGGCGUGGUGGCUCGCAGCGCGGCUUGUGGCGGACCACGGCUACACGGAGCCGGAGCUCUACGCCGUCAUCGAGGCCGAGUGCUGGUACUCGCCGGACUUGGGCACGAUACGAAAGGAGCUCGUGCGGCGCUGGCUGCCUCGAACCGCCCUCCAUCACGGAGAAUGCUGACCGGACGACAUCGACCACAACCCGCGUCAAACGAGAAACGUCGAAGGCAUGCGAGCGACGCUCGACCCUCGAGGGCCCGAGUGGAGAGGCGUGAUCUGAAAGACCCACGCCUGGCUCCUCGGGGUACGGGGAUCAUCUAAAUUCUCGUCCCUCC